UAUAAGGCGAGGGGCGGGCGCCGCUCUUUUGUCUCUUGCUGCAGCGACGCGAGUGGGAUCGCCAGGAACCGGGAACCGGAGCGAGACGCCGCGGGUUUGAGAAAAUGGCAGACAAGCCGGACAUGGGGGAGAUCGCCAGCUUCGAUAAGGCCAAGCUGAAGAAGACGGAGACGCAGGAGAAGAACACCCUGCCGACCAAAGAGACCAUUGAGCAGGAGAAACGGAGUGAAAUUUCCUAAGAGCCUGGAGGAUUCCCCACCCCACCCCGCCCCACCCCCGUCAUCUUGGAGACCCCAAGUCGUGAUGUGGAAGACGAGCCACCUGCAAGAUGGACGCAAGCCACAAGCUGCACUGUGAACCCCGGGCACUCCGCGCCGCCGCCACCGGCCUGUGGGUCUCCGAGGGGACCCUCCCCCAAUCGGACUGCCAAAUUUCUCCGGUUUGCCCUGGGGUAUUAUAGAAAAUUAUUUGUAUGAUUAAUGAAAAUAAAACACACCUCGUGGCAUGGC